AUAUUUGCGCCACACUGGAAAAAUGAAGGAAUACCAUCAAAUGAAGAAAUAAAAAAAAAUAUUAGAAUGCGCAGAGAUGGACAGAUUGACUAUGAGACUGAAAGAAAAGGCAGGAACGGACUAUUAUCAAACCUGGGACUUAUUUUACCAUUGGCUAGAGGAAAGAAUAAAGGAUUAGGAAUUAAAUAUGUAUUAGCGUGUAAACUCAGACAGCACGUUGGUUGAAAAAAAUUACUAUUGUAUGAAUGGAAAAAAUGAAUUUAAAAAAAACUUCUAUAAAGCGAACGGGGGCGGCUCGCCCAAGAGAGCUUGGCUAAUAGAAGUAGCCCCGAUAUCUAAUAUACCUGUAUUUGAAAGCCUCCAGACGUCAAAGCUGGAAACCCGUCACUUUAGCCCGGUUAUAGCAGCGCUCCCAAUUCAGAAAGCCGCUCUCCAGCCAUGACCCUGCGAAGACUUCGGCGCCUCCGGCCCGGACAGCCGGCGCAAGAAACGGCGGCGAGCGUGGCCGGCCCGGAAGCUCACGGGGGCCGCGUGUCGGAGCUGGAAAAGGCGCUGGCGGCCUCGGGGGGCACCUUGCCCCGAGCCAGGCGGGGCUCUGCAUUCAAGUGGCACUCUCUGAGCCAGUCGCCUGAGCAGCACAGGAAAGUGAUCACACUGGAGAAAGAAGAGAGCCAGACAUAUGGUUUUGAGAUUCAGACCUAUGGGCUACACCAUCAGGACACAAAACAUGUGGAAAUGUUCACUUUUGUUUGCCGGGUUCACGAAAACAGCCCAGCCCAAGCAGCAGGCCUUAAACCUGGAGACACAAUCACAGGGGUGAAUGGGCUUAACGUAGAAGGCAUCCGGCAUCGUGAGAUUGUGGAGAUCAUCAAAGCAUCUGGAAACGUGCUCAGGUUAGAUACCUUGUAUGGCGCAUCAAUCCGGAGGGCCGAAUUGGAGGCUCGCUUGCAGUAUCUCAAGCAAACACUCUAUGAAAAAUGGGGAGAAUAUCGGUCAUUGAUGGUCCAGGAGCAGCGCCUGGUCCAUGGGAUCGUGGUUAAAGACCCCAGCAUCUAUGAUACGUUGGAGUCCAUGCGCUCCUGCCUAUAUGGCUCUACACCCUAUGGGAUGCUGUUGAGAGGAGCUGGGAGUACUUACAGCAGCGUGGGCUGUGUCAGCACUGCCACUGAUGAGACCGAGGAGUCUCUUUACCAAACUUGCUUUUUUGACUCUGCCGACUCCCUGGACAUUGUCUCCGCAGCAGCUCAGUCGUCACGGCCCAAGACAACAUUAACCCGCAGCAUCAGCGUCAAAUGCACCACCAGCAGCAGCAGCAGCAAUGGGGAUGCCUAUUUCUGGGACAAAUCCGGAGAAUCAAAGAACUCUGUAGUCACGUCAAGGCCCCCCAAAAGCAAACAGGGAAGCUUCCGCAAGAGACUCCUCAAGUUUAUUCCUGGGUUGAAUCGUUCUUUGGAGGAAGAGGAGAGUCAGUUGUAAAAGGACAUUUCUUAUUGGGAAAGCAAAGUACAGUUCAGCUGUGAGGCCGGCUGUCUCUGCUUGCUGUGUUCUCUAUUUAUUUAUUUAUUUGACUAGCAGAGGACUGGGCUUCUGAACGCCACCAGACCAGCUCUAUGGAAUGCAGGUUGCAUCCGCCAUGGACUUUGGGAAGAAUAAUUUGUCAGCUGGGAUGGGAGCGGGGUGACAGUGGAUCUUCAGGUGGAAGGGAGAAAGGAGACCUCGAAAGAAAGAAAAAAAAUGUAGCACAUUGUGAGGCCAAAGAAGUACAGGUGAUUUUGUAUACUUCAUUCAUAACGAGGGUAGUUUGGGUUUGGGAUGUUUUCCAGGAAUUGGCAUAAAGCAGUCUCUUCAAA